GCGGAAGCGCGGGCGCUGGGUCACGUGACCCGCGGGCUCCCCGGGAGGUGAGGAGGGAGUGCGCGGCGGCGCCUAUCUCACCCCGGCCGGUCGGUGAGGCGGCGGCGGGGAAGACGGCAGAGGACGACGGCGCCGGCGCCUCGGAGGCCGCACGGCCCGGCGCGGAGGAGGUCAUGGCAUCUCUGGCCGAGCGAGUCCGGGGCCACGGGCGAAUCGCCGCCGGGCUCCUGUUCAACCUGCUAGUGUCCAUCUGCAUCGUGUUCCUCAACAAAUGGAUCUAUGUGCACCACGGCUUCCCCAAUAUGAGCUUAACCCUGGUGCACUUCGUGGUCACCUGGCUGGGCUUAUACAUCUGCCAGAAGCUGGACAUCUUUGCUCCCAAAAGUCUGCCGCCCUCCAAGCUCCUCCUCCUGGCUCUGAGCUUCUGUGGCUUUGUGGUCUUCACCAACCUCUCGCUGCAGAACAACACCAUCGGCACCUAUCAGCUGGCGAAGGCCAUGACCACACCGGUGAUUAUAGCCAUCCAGACCCUGUGCUACCAGAAGAGCUUCUCCACCAGGAUUCAGCUCACGCUGAUUCCUAUAACUUUAGGUGUAAUCCUAAAUUCUUAUUACGAUGUGAAGUUUAAUUUCCUUGGAAUGGUGUUUGCAGCUCUUGGUGUUUUAGUUACAUCUCUUUAUCAAGUGUGGGUAGGUGCCAAACAGCAUGAGCUGCAAGUCAACUCAAUGCAGUUGCUGUAUUACCAGGCUCCAAUGUCUUCUGCCAUGUUGCUAGUCGCUGUGCCCUUCUUUGAGCCAGUGUUUGGAGAGGGAGGAAUAUUUGGUCCCUGGUCCGUCUCUGCUGUGCUUAUGGUGCUGCUGUCUGGAGUAAUCGCGUUCAUGGUGAAUUUAUCAAUUUAUUGGAUCAUUGGAAACACAUCACCAGUCACAUACAACAUGUUCGGACACUUCAAGUUCUGCAUUACCUUAUGUGGAGGAUAUGUUUUGUUUAAGGAUCCACUGUCAGUUAAUCAGGGUCUCGGCAUUUUAUGUACUUUAUUUGGCAUUCUCGCCUACACUCACUUCAAACUCAGUGAGCAAGAAGGAAGUAAGAGCAAACUUGUACAGCGUCCUUGAGUUUUUGGGAGAAAAGAAAGUUGCCCACAGACAAAAAAAUGUUGUAACUUUCAAAAAUGAAAAAAAUUGUAGUGCAAAAUGUAUUUUGUAAGAAGUAACACAAAUAUUAUUCACCAAUAUGACCUUUUUUUUAAAACGGUGACAAAGUUUACUUUAAAAAGUAAAAGUGAAGCGAGUGAGGGAGAAACUGGCUCUGCUCAGGCCGAGCAAAAGAGGAGAACGCGAGACGGAAGUGCCCCUGCAGGACACAGGGCGGCCAAGUGAGGGCAGCCGCGACGGCCACAGAUUCCAUCUUUUAGUACCUUUUUAAAAAGUUAAUUCUCAAAAACGUAAGCCGGGCCUGGUGGUGCACAGCUGUGAUCCCAGCAUCUGGGACACUGAGGCAGGAGAGAUGCAAGUUCAAGGCCAGCCUGGACACACAGCAACCAUCUGUCUCCAAAAAGAAAGAAAUCUCAAAAGCCAAAAUGGUUUGUGCUGCUUUUCAAAGAUGAUUACAGGAAAUAUAUAGGACAGACUGGUUACACCAAGUGAAAUACUGAAGUCCUAUAAUUGUCAUAAAGGAUUCUGUAUUACAGUACUACAGAGGUAUGUUUUUUCAGUGUUAUAUUCCUCUUGGGAAGGUUAUACAAAAUCGCUUUAGUUGCUAGUAGAUGAUUUUUCAUUGUGAAAUGUGCUAUAAUUUUGGUCAUAGUGUUUAAAGGGUAAUGGGGCUCGAACACAGAGCCUCACAUGUGCAAGGUAAACACUCUACAACCAAGUUAUAUCUGUACCCUUGAAGACAUUUGCAAAAGGAAUACUUUUUUGAGAUAUGAAGGAAAUACAUGAUUUCUGAUUAAGCAACUACUGGGUAGUGCCACAUAAUUAUAAAAUGUACUUUUGCCUUCCAACAUCUUGACAUUUGAAUAUUGAAAGCAACUGUUAUUAAUCUCACAAUAAAUUGAGAUGAAUCAUUCCUCUGGUAAUAAAUAAUUCUUUUUCAGAACAUUAUAAACUUGCUAUGAGAAAGCAACUUAAGAAAACAGUCACAUAGCUGGGCAUGGGGGUGUACUCUUGUGAUCCCAGCAUUUGAGAGGCUGAGGCAGGAGCAGAGCCAUGAGUUCAAGGCCAGCUGACCUACAAAGUGACACCCUGUCUCAGGGAAAAAAAAAAAAUGAAAGAAAACAGUUACUUGAACAAAAUAUACCUUCAAUAAGAUGACAGGUUUUGGUAUGUGUCUUUUAUCUCAAGAACACACACAUACAUGUCUUUUAGAUACUUUUUUUUCUUUUCUUUUUUUUUUUUGUCUUUUUUCUUUUUAUCGGUACCAGGGAUUGAACUCACAACUGCCUGCUUGCAAGGCAGGCGCUUAUGCCGUUGAGCUAAAUCCCCAGCCCCCGAUUCUUUUUUUUUCCUGGCUCAUUUAAAAUAAAAAGCCUCACCAAAAGUCAACUUUGAAGAAUUCAGCUUGUGAGUCAAUCUGUUGUAUGCCUAGUAUGUGUGGUUUUCUAUUAUUGUUUUAAGUAUUCUUUGAUUGUCAGUUUACAGUAUCUUUUACUGUGCUAUAUGAGGUAGGGUACCUCAUUGCUGCUACAAAAGCCUUGAGUAUUUUGUACAUCUAAGGUACUUUCUCUGGUUAUAUAUACAAUAAAUAAAAUUAUUUCCCAAAAGCUGGAGAGCAGUAUUUCAUCACAAUGAGGACUGUUUGAUUUCAUCACAGUGAGCACCAAGAACCGAGUUGAUUUGUGCCAUGUACAAAUUCUUAAUUGUAAAUAAAACCUGAGGGCAGAAGGUAGUGCAAAUUGUGGGGAAUUGUAAUAAAUGAGUGAUGUCAGUAGGAAUGCUGUAACAGAGUUGGGGCAAGUUGGCUAAGGUGUGUUCAUAAACGAAUAAAGUGUGCACUACUAAAA